AUGCGAGCCUCCAAGCAAUCGAACCAGGAAAAUGAUAGUAAUGUGGCAAAUAAUGGUCUAGAAGAAAGCGAGACUCUUUUCGAUGCUGUUAUCAUUGGUGCUGGGUGGGCUGGACUUGCAGCAGCAAAUCUAUUGGCCAAGCGUGGCGUGGAAAACAUUCGAAUACUGGAAGCCAAAGGACAUAUCGGAGGAAGGGCCUACACGGAGACCCAUCCGUGGGAUGGUGAAGAAGUGCAAAUUGACAUGGGAGCCAUGUGGCUCCAUGGGGCUUCCAAGAAUAUUCUCAACAAGUUGGCGCUGAAAUACAAUGUCAAGACUCCCCUCUCCACCUACGACACUAUCAUUUACAACCACAACGGUACGAGUUACGACCAUGACGAGGUCGAAGAGUAUCGGGAACAGUUAUUCGAGGAAGGCUUCUUCUCGGUCCAAGCUCAUCGACAAGAGACCACAGACUAUGAUGAACCAUUGCAGAAAAGCGCCGACAUGUUCCUAGACCAACUUGGCACUCAAGAAGAAGAGAAGAAACUGACCAAAUUUUUCCUUCGAAGUGGAAUCGAAAUGGAAUACUCGGGCCUACUGAAGGAUCACUCGCUAUGGUGGUGGAAUGAUGAUUACGAUUUGGGAGGAAGCAUUGAUACGGAUGAUUACUUCGUCCCACAAGGUCACAGUUCGUUGUCUCUGCCAUUUGCCUCAUGGCUGCAAGAAAAUCAUAAAAUUCAAUUGAAUGCACCAGUGACUUGCAUCGAUUACCGAGACAAAAAUGACAUCCAUGUGCACUAUUCUGCUGGUAAAAAUGAAAGCCCUGUCAUUUGUAGAGCGAAAAAGGUGAUUGUGACUGUUCCUCUUGGCGUUCUCAAGGCGGAACGAAUCUCCUUCCUCCCAAAAUUACCAAGACGGACUCAAAAGAGCAUUCGUCGACUUGGGAUGGGCAAGAUGAACAAGGUUUUCAUGUUCUGGUCCAAGGAAGAUGUGUUUUGGCCUCACGACACUGAAGUAUUGGGUGACAUUGAAGAAAGGGACUCCAAUUUUGUCUUUAUGAAUCCAAGGCAACACAAUGGCGACCUUCCGUUGCUCUUUGCCUUUUUCCAAGGUUCCUUAGCCGAUGCCGCCGAAGAAGCUUUUGCGGAUAUCGACCCCGAGGAAUAUGAAACUAGAAUACGUGACUUUGCCAUGGAAUCAUUGCGAUCCAUGUUUGGUGAUGAGAUCCCCAUGCCAAAGAAGGUGGUUGUGACCAAGUGGAACGUUGACGAGUACACAAUGGGAGCCUAUUCGUUCAACAAGGUGAAGAUGGGCAAACUCGAUCGGUACUUCUUGUCGCAACCGAUUGGAAAGGACCAAGUAUUCUUUGCUGGUGAAGCCACGCAUGAACGAUACUUUGCGACGACCGCGGGGGCAUUCAUGACUGGUCGAACUGCUGCACGGAAGGUAUUGAAAUCUCUGAAACAGCAAGUAGAGACACCCGUUUCAUGA